CCUUCUAGCUUCUUCGUCUCUGGGACCGACGCUCAGGCUAUUCUCUCGCCUUAGCCAAACUUAUUUUCCCGCCUCGAAAACUCCGUCUUCCCUCCACUCCCAGCUCUUUUCCCUCCACUUUCCGUUCCUCUAUCUCCCACGCCACAAGCUCCCAAUCCCCCACUCCUUUCUCCCGCCCUCUCCUUUCCUCUCUCCCCCAUUCAAGUCCUCAUCUGUUUCCACCUCGUACUCCCUUCGCGUUCCCAACUAAAUUGCCUGCUCCCGUUCUGCCAGAAGCCAUGGCGGGACCUGGGGGCUGGAGGGACAAGGAGGUCACGGAUCUGGGCCACUUGCCGGAUCCAACUGGAAUAUUCUCACUAGAUAAAACCAUCGGCCUUGGUACUUAUGGCAGAAUCUAUUUGGGACUUCAUGAAAAGACUGGUGCAUUUACAGCUGUUAAAGUGAUGAAUGCUCGUAAGACUGCUUUACCUGAAAUAGGAAGGCGAGUGAGAGUGAAUAAAUAUCAAAAAUCUGUUGGGUGGAGAUACAGCGAUGAGGAAGAGGAUCUCAGGACUGAACUCAACCUUCUGAGGAAGUACUCUUUCCACAAAAACAUUGUGUCCUUCUAUGGUGCAUUUUUCAAGCUGAGUCCCCCUGGCCAGAGGCACCAACUUUGGAUGGUUAUGGAGUUAUGUGCAGCAGGCUCAGUGACUGAUGUAGUAAGAAUGUCCAGAAAUCAGAGCUUAAAAGAAGAUUGGAUUGCUUAUAUCUGCCGAGAAAUCCUUCAGGGCUUAGUUCACCUUCAUGCACACCGAGUAAUUCAUAGGGACAUCAAAGGUCAAAAUGUGCUACUGACUCAUAACGCUGAAGUAAAACUGGUGGAUUUUGGAGUUAGUGCCCAGGUGAGCAGAACUAAUGGAAGGAGAAAUAGCUUUAUUGGGACACCAUACUGGAUGGCACCUGAGGUGAUUUACUGUGAUGAGGACCCAAGACGCUCCUAUGAUUACAGAAGCGAUGUGUGGUCUGUGGGAAUUACUGCUAUUGAAAUGGCUGAAGGAGCUCCUCCUCUGUGUAACCUUCAGCCCUUGGAAGCCCUCUUCGUUAUUUUACGGGAAUCUGCUCCCACAGUCAAAUCCAGUGGAUGGUCUCGCAAGUUCCACAAUUUCAUGGAAAAGUGUAUGAUAAAAAAUUUCUUAUUUCGUCCUACUUCUGCAAAUAUGCUUCAUCACCCAUUUGUUCGAGAUAUAAAAAAUGAACGACAUGUUGUUGAAUCAUUAACAAAGCAUCUUACUGGAAUCAUUAAAAAAAGGCAGAAAAAAGGGAUACCUCUGAUCUUUGAAAGAGAAGAAGCUAUUAAGGAACAAUACACCAUGAGAAGAUUCAGAGGACCCUCUUGCACUCAUGAGCUUCUGAGAUUGCCAACCAGCAGCAGAUGCAGACCACUUAGAGUCCUGCAUGGAGAACCCUCUCAGCCAAGGUGGUUACCUGAUCGAGAAGAGCCACAAGUCCGGGCACUUCAGCAACUACAGGGAGCAGCCAGAGUAUUCAUGCCACUACAGGCUCUGGACAUUACACCUAGGCCUCUUCAGCAGCAAGCUCAGGCACCUCAACGACUACAAGGGGCAGCUCGGGUGUUCAUGCCACUACAGGCUCAGGUUAAGGCUAAGGCCUCUAGGCCUCUACAAAUGCAGAUUAAGGCACCUCCGCGACUACGGAAAGCAGCUCGGGUCCUCAUGCCACUACAGGCACAGGGUAGGGCACCUAGACCUCUACAGGUACGCAAGGUACAAGCCCAGGUUCCUAAAAAGCAACAAGCUCAGGUCCAGGUCCAGGCAUCAGAACAACCACAGGAUCUAGACCAGGUGCCAGAGGAAUUUCAGGGACAAGACCAAGUACCUGAACAUCAACAAAGGCAGGGGCAGGUCCCUGAACAACAGCAGAGGCAAAAUCAGGUACCCGAACAGCAGCUGGAGCAAAACCGGGCACCAGAAAAUCCAGAGGUACAGGAACAGGCUGCUGAACCUCCACAGGCAGAGACUGAGGCAGAGGAACCUGAGUCAUUACGAGUACAUGCCCAGGUGUUUCUGCCCUUACUGUCACAGAACCACCAUGUGCUGUUGCCACUACAUUUGGAUAGUCAGGUGCUCAUUCCAGUAGAGGGGCAAACUGAAGGAUUGCCUCAAGGACAGGCCUGGGCACUAGAGCCCCCACAGGUAGUUGGUUCAGUUCAAGCACUGAUAGAGGGACUAUCAAGAGACUUGCUUCGAGCACCAAACUCACAUAACUCAAAGCCACUUGGUCCUCUGCAAACCCUGAUGGAAAACCUGUCAUCAAAUAUGUUUUAUUCUCAACCAGAACAGGCAAGGAAGAAAAAAUCAAAAGUUUUUAGCCUAAGGCAGGCACUGGCAAAAAGACUGUCACCAAAGAGGUUUAGGACAAAGUCAUCAAGGAGACCCGAAGAGCUUGAUCUCUCAGAUUUAGAAGCCUGCAGGCAAAGGCGCCAACGCAGAUGGGAAGAUAUCUUUAAUCAGCAUGAGGAGGAAUUGAGACAAGUUGAAAAUGACAAAGAAAAUGAAUCAUCAGACAAUGAUGAAGUAUUUCAUUCAAUUCAGGCUGAAGUCCAAAUUGAACCAUGGCAGCCAUACGUUCCAAGUCCUAAAAGAAAUGAGGUUCAAGAGAGAACUGUUUCUAUGCCUUACAAACAGAAUCAUGCACACCAUGUCAAAUUCUCUUUAAGUGUUCCUCAGCGGUCUCUUUUGGAACAAGCUCAGAAGCCCAUUGACAUCAGACAAAGGAGUUCGCAAAAUUCUCAAAAUUGCCCAGCAGCAUCAGAAUCUUCUUCUGAGGAAGAGAGUCCUGUGACUGGAAGGAGAUCCCAAUCAUCACCACCUUAUUCUACUAUUGAUCAGAAGUUGCUGGUUGAUAUCCACGUUCCAGAUGGAUUUAAAGUAGGAAAAAUAUCACCCCCUGUAUACUUGACAAAUGAAUGGGUAGGCUAUAAUGCACUCUCUGAAAUCUUCCGGAAUGAUUGGUUAACUCCUGCACCUGUCAUUCAGCCACCUGAAGAGGAUGGUGAUUAUGUUGAACUCUAUGAUGCCAGUGCUGAUAUUGAUGGCAAUGAUGACGAUUCCAAUGAUGCUUAUGAAGAUACCUAUGACCAUGACAAUGGCAAUAAUGACUUGAGUAACCAGGUUGACCAGGUUAAUGAUGGCUAUAAAAACCAUGAUGAUGAUGGCAACGAUGAUGAGUCUGUUGAUGACACAGAUAAUUGUGAUAAUGCACCUAGUUGGCCAAGGGCAAGCUAUGGCAGAGAUGGAAGAUACAAGCAGGAUGGUGGUGAUGGAAAAGUAGUCUACAGAGGCUAUGGAAGCCUUAGAGCCAGUAGAAGACAUGGAGGAAGGGCAGCCAGUGGAGGCAGUGCAGCCAUUGGAGACCAGGAGGGACAUAAAGCCAAUAUAGGCAGUGGAAGAAGAGGCAGCAGGGGUAAUGGAGGUAAGGGAGUCAGCGGAACCAAUGAAGAGAGUGGAGCCCUUGAAUUCAAUGGAGAAGAAAAUUUCUCAGAGAUGUAUGGUCCAAGAUUUAAGAGACUUGCAUCCCAGGACUUUGAACAUCAACAGGAGGAGCCAGGUGGUAGACGUAAGACCUCAAAUGCCAUUGACUCAGGUGCUGCAACCCCAGUACUUGAUGAUGAGAAUGACUGUAAGGAUACAUCAGAGUCAUCAACACAAUUGGGUUUUUCUGCCAACCACUCCUCUCCUUCCAAAGGUUCUGGAAGGGUUGCUGAUGCUGACUUUGCCAGUGCCGUUUUAUAUGCUGGAUUUGUGGAAGUACCAGAGGAAAUACCUAAGCUACCCUCUGAAGUCAAUGUUAAUCCACUCUAUAUUUCUCGUGCUUGUAAAAAACCACUAAUCCACAUGUAUGAAAAAGAAUUCACUUCUGAGAUCUGCUGUGGCUCUUUAUGGGGAGUCAAUUUGCUGUUGGGAACCCGAUCUAAUCUGUAUCUGAUGGACAGAAGUGGAAAGGCAGACAUUACUAAACUUAUAAAGCGAAGACCAUUCCGCCAGAUUCAAGUCGUAGAGCCACUCAAUUUGCUGAUUACGAUUUCAGGCCAUAAGAACAGACUUCGGGUGUAUCAUCUUACCUGGCUAAGGAACAAGAUUUUGAAUAAUGAUCCAGAAAGUAAAAGAAGGCAAGAGGAAAUGCUGAAGACAGAGGAAGCCUGCAAAACUAUCAAUAAGUUGACAGGCUGUGAACACUUCAGUGUCCUCCAACAUGAAGAAACAACAUAUAUUGCAAUUGCUUUGAAAUCAUCAAUUCACCUUUAUGCUUGGGCACCGAAGACUUUUGAUGAAAGCACUGCUAUUAAAGUGAUAUGUACUGAUCAAUCAGCAGACUCCGAAGGAGACUACAUGUCCUAUGAAGCCUAUAUACGAAUACUGGCAAAAAUACAGGCAGCUGAUCCAGCAAACCGGUUUAAGAGACCAGAUGAGCUCCUUCAUUUGCUGAAGCUCAAGGUAUUUCCAACACUUGGUCAUAAGCCAGUGACAGUAGACCUAGCUAUUGGUUCUGAAAAAAGACUAAAGGUUUUCUUCAGCUCGGCAGAUGGCUAUCACAUUAUUGAUGCAGAAUCCGAGGUUAUGUCAGAUGUGACCCUGCCAAAUAACCCCCUGGAAAUCAUUAUACCACAGAAUAUCAUCAUUUUACCUGAUUGCUUGGGAAUUGGCAUGAUGCUCACCUUCAAUGCUGAAGCCCUCUCUAUAGAAGCAAAUGAACAACUCUUCAAGAAGAUCCUUGAAGUAUGGAAAGACAUACCAUCUUCUGUAGCUUUUGAGUGUACACAGAGAACCACAGGAUGGGACCAAAAGGCCAUUGAAGUGCGCUCUUUGCAAUCAAGGGUUCUGGAAAGUGAGCUGAAGCGCAGGUCAAUUAAGAAGCUGAGAUUUCUGUGUACCCGAGGUGACAAGCUGUUCUUUACCUCUACCCUGCGCAAUCGCCACAGUCGGGUUUACUUUAUGACCCUUGGAAAACUUGAAGAGCUUCAAAGCAAUUAUGGUAUCUGAAAAAUUCCAGUGAUCUGCUACAACAUUUACAGAUAUCACAUAUAUUCAAUGUGCAUUUUCAGAUUUCUGAGAUUAAAUGAGCUUUCAGUUUUACUUUUAGCAAAAAUUUAAAUCAGAAACUUAACUUUUAAUGUAGCACAGAGAUAGUUUUAAUAAGAAAUGCAGCUUUAUAUAUAAAAUUAACUUAGCAAGCUCUAUGUACUCCAGUGGUGUACAAUAUCUUUUGCACAAACUUUGUAACUUUUGUUACUGUGAAUUCAAACAUUACUCUUUGGACAGUUUGGACAGUAUCUGUAUUCAGAUUUUACAACACGGAGUAAAGAAACCUUUGUGAAUUAAAUUACAAGCAGCUUUCAAAGCAAUUACCCCUGGAUAAAAUUUUUCAGAAAAAGAAAAACAUCAACAAAUGAUAUGUGAUUUUUCCAAAGUCAUAUAAAAAACCAAAGGUGAGAUCAUGAAAGGAAAAUCUUAGGGACUAUGUUAUAACCCAGACAAAGUUUGAACAACCUGCAUGCCCGGAGAAAACUAUGAUGAUAAAGAGAAAAACACGACCCAUUUCCUCACUGCUUCAUGACAAACUCACAAUUAAAGACCAGUUGUGUUCUUUUCAAUCCAUGUUAAGCUCGUUUUCUCUCAAUAAGAAGGAAGGAAGAAAGCCUCAGAUGUUUAGUUUUCCUCACAACCCCAUAGAUGUGCAAUAACUGCUUUUUACAAACCACCGAAUAACACACUUG